GCGAGAAGAAGAGUCUGGACACAACUCUCCAGUCUGGACACAACUCUCCAGUCUGGACACAACUCUCCAGCCUGGACACAACUCUCCAGCCUGGACACAAUUCUCCAGUCUGGACACAACUCUCCAGCCAGGACACAACUCUCCAGCCUGGACACAACUCUCCAGCCUGGACAAAACUCUCCAGCCGGGACACAACUCUCCAGCCUGGACACAACUCUCCAGCCAGGACACAACUCUCCAGCCUGGACACAACUCUCCAGCCUGGACACAACUCUCCAGUCUGGACACAACUCUCCAGCCAGGACACAACUCUCCAGCCAGGACACAACUCUCCAGCCGGGACACAACUCUCCAGCCUGGACACAACUCUCCAGCCAGGACACAACUCUCCAGCCUGGACACAACUCUCCAGCCUGGACACAACUCUCCAGUCUGGACACAACUCUCCAGCCAGGACACAACUCUCCAGCCAGGACACAACUCUCCAGCCGGGACACAACUCUCCAGCCUGGACACAACUCUCCAGCCAGGACACAACACUCCAGCCUGGACACAACUCUCCAGCCUGGACACAACUCUCCAGUCUGGACACAACUCUCCAGCCAGGACACAACUCUCCAGCCUGGACACAACUCUCCAGCCAGGACACAACUCUCCAGUCUGGACACAACUCUCCAGCCAGGACACAACUCUCCAGCCAGGACACAACUCUCCAGCCGGGACACAACUCUGCAGCCUGGACACAACUCUCCAGCCUGGACACAACUCUCCAGCCAGGACACAACUCUCUAGCCUGGACACAACUCUCCAGCCUGGACACAACUCUCCAGUCUGGACACAACUCUCCAGCCAGGACACAACUCUCCAGCCGGGACACAACUCUCCAGCCUGGACACAACUCUCCAGCCUGGACACAACUCUCCAGCCAGGACACAACUCUCCAGCCGGGACACAACUCUCCAGCCUGGACACAACUCUCCAGCCUGGACACAACUCUCCAGCCUGGACACAACUCUCCAGCCAGGACACAACUCUCCAGCCAGGACACAACUCUCCAGCCUGGACACAACUCUCCAGCCUGGACACAACUCUCCAGCCUGGACACAACUCUCCAGCCAGGACACAACUCUCCAGCCUGGACACAACUCUCCAGCCUGGACACAACUCUCCAGUCUGGACACAACUCUCCAGCCUGGACACAACUCUCCAGCCUGGACACAACUCUCCAGCCAGGACACAACUCUCCAGCCAGGACACAACUCUCCUGCCUGGACACAACUCUCCAGCCAGGACACAACUCUCCAGCCUGAACACAACUCUCCAGCCAGGACACAACUCUCCAGCCUGGACACAACUCUCCAGCCUGGACACAACUCUCCAGCCAGGACACAACUCUCCAGCCUGGACACAACUCUCCAGCCUGGACACAACUCUCCAGCCUGGACACAACUCUCCAGCCAGGACACAACUCUCCAGCCAGGACACAACUCUCCAGCCAGGACACAACUCUCCAGCCAGGACACAACUCUCCAGCCUGGACACAACUCUCCAGCCUGGACACAACUCUCCAGCCUGGACACAACUCUCCAGCCUGGACACAACUCUCCAGCCUGGACACAACUCUCCAGCCUGGACACAACUCUCCAGCCAGGACACAACUCUCCAGCCAGGACACAACUCUCCAGCCUGGACACAACUCUCCAGCCUGGACACAACUCUCCAGCCUGGACACAACUCUCCAGCCUGGACAAAACUCUCCAGCCUGGACAAAACUCUCCAGCCUGGACAAAACUCUCCAGCCUGGACAAAACUCUCCAGCCGGGACACAACUCUCCAGCCUGGACAAAACUCUCCAGCCUGGACAAAACUCUCCAGCCGGGACACAACUCUCCAGCCUGGACACAACUCUCCAGCCUGGACACAACUCUCCAGCCUGGACAAAACUCUCCAGCUUGGACACAACUCUCCAGCCGGGACACAACUCUCCAGCCUGGACAAAACUCUCCAGCCGGGACACAACUCUCCAGCCUGGACACAACUCUCCAGCUUGGACACAACUCUCCAGUCUGGACAAAACUCUCCAGCCUGGACAAAACUCUCCAGCCGGGACACAACUCUCCAGCCUGGACACAACUCUCCAGCCGGGACACAACUCUCCAGCCGGGACACAACUCUCCAGCCUGGACACAACUCUCCAGCCUGGACAAAACUCUCCAGCCUGGACAAAACUCUCCAGCCGGACAAAACUCUCCAGCCGGGACACAACUCUCCAGCCUGGACACAACUCUCCAGCCUGGACACAACUCUCCAGCCGGGACACAACUCUCCAGCCGGGACACAACUCUCCAGCCUGGACACAACUCUCCAGCCGGGACACAACUCUCCAACCUGGACACAACUCUCCAGCCUGGACAAAACUCUCCAGCCUGGACACAACUCUCCAGCCAGGACACAACUCUCCAGCCGGGACACAACUCUCCAGCCGGGACACAACUCUCCAGCCGGGACACAACUCUCCAGCCUGGACAAAACUCUCCAGCCUGGACAAAACUCUCCAACCUGGACAAAACUCUCCAGCCUGGACACAACUCUCCAGCCUGGACAAAACUCUCCAGCCAGGACACAACUCUCCAGUCUGGACAAAACUCUCCAGCCUGGACAAAACUCUCCAGCCUGGACACAACUCUCCAGCCUGGACACAACUCUCCAGCCUGGACACAACUCUCCAGCCUGGACACAACUCUCCAGCCUGGACACAACUCUCCAGCCUGGACACAACUCUCCAGCCUGGACACAACUCUCCAGUCUGGACACAACUCUCCAGCCUGGACACAACUCUCCAGCCUGGACACAACUCUCCAGCCUGGACACAACUCUCCACCCUGGACACAACUCUCCAGCCUGGACACAACUCUCCCGCCAGGACACAACUCUCCAGCCUGGACACAACUCUCCACCCUGGACACAACUCUCCAGUCUGGACAAAACUCUCCAGCCUGGACACAACUCUCCAGUCUGGACACAACUCUCCAGUCUGGACACAACUCUCCAGCCUGGACACAACUCUCCAGCCUGGACACAACUCUCCAGCCUGGACACAACUCUCCAGCCUGGACACAACUCUCCAGCCUGGACAAAACUCUCCAGCCUGGACAAAACUCUCCAGCCUGGACACAACUCUCCAGCCUGGACACAACUCUUCUGGUCUGUACAAGCACACUGA